GCUCUGUGUAAUUCAGCCUCUACUCAUUCGUCGCUUGCCAAUCACGGUCACAUUCUGCGUACUCUGUGCCACAGCGCUCUACAACUUCCUCGAUCUCAACGAUAUCGUCAUCUUUGCCCCUCUCAUAUCUACCAUCCUCGCUGCGAUAACGCUAUUUACCCCCUCCGAAAACCUCAUCACACUCAGCAGAUUUUGGUUCGGCGAAGACGUUGGUGAACGUGUUAAGCAAUACCUACAGCAUAUAUAGGCGGGUUCAAAUCUAGGCUGCAAUGAAAUCCUACGUGGAACUAGCUCGCGAAGGCCCUUCCCGUGGGACGUCUGGGUCCCCUGCAAGCAAGGAUCCCUGGGGUAGGCCCUUCUCCUUUGCUACUAUAGAGAGUAUUGGUAGAGGUGCAUCUGGUAUGGUCUUUGAUAUCGACGCUUCAAGGGUGAUAAAGGUGUUCGCGGGUGAUGAGGGUGAUGAAAAGGAUGAGCUAAAAUUGGCUCGGGAGAAGAUCUUCGACGAGCUCCAAAGGCAUGGGUCUCAAAAAUUUACUAUUAGGUACGUGGAAGGAUGCCGUUCUGGCCUAGUUCUAGAAAGGCUAGUCGGCACCCUACGAGAGCGAUUGCAGAGUUUUUCCCAGAAGUCGUGGGAACAGAGGUCUCUGGGCAGCUGUAAGGGGCUUCCUUCCCUCCACGAGCACAAAGGCAUUUACGGAGACAUAGGCCACCAAAACAUCUUGGUUGGCGACGGUGAUCAUGUCAAACUUUGCGAUUUCGCUGGGUCAAGGAUCGGAGAUGAUGCCUGGGCACCAUAUGAUAUCUAUAGUCAGGACUCGUCGUAUUUCCGCAAUCAGCCCACAGUCGCGACCGAGAUAUUCGCAGUUGGCUCUCUUCUUUACAAAAUUUGGAAUUUUCAUCGGCCGUAUAGAUCAAAGAAAGAUGCGGUAGUCCAGAAAGGGUUCCACGACAGGGCAUUCCCUCUUGUGAGUAUCAGGGGGUUGAGAAAUAAGAUCAUCAGCAAGUAUUACGAUGGAGGCUACCACAGUGUUUAUUCUGGAGUAUGGAGCAGGGAACAAUAAGCGUGGAAUAUGUUUACAUUUUUCCUAUUUCAGUAUGUAUAUAGCCGUUGAUAAUAGAAGCUUUCCCUAAGCAAUGCUUGUAUUCAAGUCGACGGAUUACUUUAAAAUUGAAACUUGCGUAGUAAAUAUCACAGUG